UAAUGAGGAGAAACGGCAUAGAAAAUGGAUGGAUGGAAAUGAUCAAGCUCUUACAGUGACACCCCCCCCGCACCACUUCUCUUUUCUGUUUCCCUCGUGCCGCCACGCCCUCCCUCCCUCCUUCAGGCGCGUGCAGCUGUGCGUGCUGCUUCUUUCUGUCUGGCACGCGCGCCAUCCUCAUCCUCCUCAUCUUCAUCAGCGGCACAAAAGCGACGAAGGGACCACCUCGGUGGAGACCAGGAGGAGGGAACCGCCUCAUCACCCAGAGAAGACAAGGCGACAGGGCAAGUUCCAGCCCUUCAGACGUCUGUUUGGAAAGAAGAAGAAGCGGGAGGCCGAAGGUGGCCUUGAUGGACCGCAGUUAAAGGCCAGUUUUUCCACGGGGGAAGUGUGCAAUGGAAUUGUGUCGGAUGAGGAGGAGCCCAGUCAAAGUCUAAGGGAACUGAAUCCCAUUGGAUCUCGAGCCCUCUCACACGACAGUAUCUUUAUCCCAGAGGAAUCGGUGCAGGAGGCCGGCCUGUGUCACACCACCAUGUCCCAGGAAAAUGUCUCGGAUAAAGUUAAAAAUCUGCAGAAGCAGAUUGCGCAGACUAUCAAGUUUGGCCAGAAGCCCCCCUCUCUGAGGAGAAGUGAGGGGGAUGAGGGAAGUUCAGAUGAAGAGGAGGUUCCCCGCAGCCCGCUGAGGGUGAUGGCACAGGUAGAGACCGAGCCAGCAAAAGCGGAGCCAAUGGUGGCCCCUCAAGCAAGACAACAUAGCACCCCAGUGAAGUCCCCCAGGUCCAAAAGAGUUCUUCCGCCCAGUGGUACCAUCGAGUCUGUCAACCUGGACGCUGUUCCACAUUCAGUUCCUCUCCUGGACAACACUGCUGCCAAGCAUAAGCUGUCUGUCAAACCCAAGAAUCAGAGGGUUUCACGCAAGCAUAGACGCUUUACUCAAGACCUCCAAGAAGUGUCCAUCCCUGGCUUGGUGCAGGAGGAUCUGGAAGCAGCAGGCGUCUCUGCAGAUCAACAACGCAGAUCUUCUGUGGAAGAAUCCCUUGAAACCCUUAAGAAACACAGAGUGCUCGAGGAGGAAAGGCUGCAAGCAAAGAGGAAGAGAGAGCUGGAGGAGGAGGAGAAGAGGAAAAGAGCAGAGCAGCUGAGACUCGAGGAGGAGAGGUGUCGAAAACAACGGCAAGAGGAGGAAGAACAGAGGAGGCUUCUUGAGGAGGCUCAGAGGAGGAGAGAGGAGGAGGAGAGAAGGAUGAGAAAGGAAGAGGAGCGCAGACAGCGAGAGGAGGAGGAGAUGAGGAGGCUGCAUGAGGAGCAAAGACGGAAGGAAGAAGAGGAGAGGAAGAGGCGGGAGCAGGAGGAGGAAGCGAGGAGGCAGCAGGAGAUGGAGGCUGAGCGGCUACGUUUGGAGAAGCUGAGGGAGGAAGAGAAGAUGAAGAAAAAGAAGGAAGCUGAGAAGAAGAGGUUGCGGGAGGCUGAGGAAAAACAAAAGCAGGAGCAGAAGAGGAUUGUGGCGCAAGAUGUUGACGGAUGCUCCGAUUCCCAGGAGAGGAGGAGGAGAGCUGAGGAGCUUUGCUGGAGAGAGAUGGAGGAGCGACAGAGGCCUUUCUCUUUCCAAGUGUCCUCUGGAGAAAAAGAAAUCCUCUUCCAGAAGGUCAACUUGACGCCUGUUACUCCUUACUCCAGCGUCCAUGGUGGUGCUGUAGGUGAUCCAAGAGGAGGCACCAAGCCAUCUGAAGCACCGGACUCACCCAACCGGCAAAGUUCUCCAUAUGUACCCCACACCGCCAUCCUGGUGACGGGGGCCCAGCUGUGUGGGACGGCUGUCAAUCUGGACCAGAUCAAGGACACCGCCUGCAAAUCCCUCCUGGGUCUUGGCGAGGACAGAAAGACCCAGGGAACACCGCCACCCACCAAGAGCAAGACAUCACCGGACCGCAAGUCAGGCAAGACUAAAUCCCUCACUGAGUCCACGUUGUGUGUAGAUCCCUCAGGUGCUGCCGUCUUGGCGGAGUGGGCGACUAUUAGAUCCAAAAUAUUCAAAGGAGUGGAGGAAGGUAAGUACGACGAGCACCCGGAGCCCAGCAGGAACCAACAUGAAGUCAGCCAUGAAGACCAGCAUGAGUUCGCCCACACACACCUGAGAAAGACCAUGUCUGCCAGCGCCAAGUUCUCCAUCACCCCCGCAAAGAAGAAGUUUGGAGAUUCCAACAGGAGUUCUGAGUGUUUCAGCGCAGAUGAUAAAGUCACAGGAGAAGAACCGACGUCGUCUGACGCGUCUGCGUCAGCCUCGCCGGCUAUAAGCCGUAAACCUCAGGGCAGUAAGACCGUCCGCAUCGUAGAAAGAGGGUCAGAGGAAUGUGUGUUUGCCAAAGACCUCCCCUCCUUCCUUGUUCCCAGCCCAGGAGCCAAACCUGACGGGCCAGAAUCCAAGAGUAGGGAUGGGAGUGACUCUGCAGAGUCUGAAAGCAGACUGGAGGUCGAUGGGCAGAGUCUGGACUGCGAGGACAAGCCUUCACCUUUUGGCAUUAAGCUGAGGAGGACCAACUAUUCUCUUCGAUUCCACAGCGAACAGUCCAUGGAGAAAAGGAAGAAACGCUACAGUGCUGGGGAUAGCUUUGAUGGUGUCCCUUCGCCUCUGACCCCCAUGGAGCCAGACUCUGACACCUCUCCUGUCUUUUCUGACAAGUCUAGUCCAGCCUCGCCUCAUAGAGAAGGUGCCCUUGGUAAGUACUCUCUUGCAUCAGCUUCCCCCGUCAUGCUGCGGGCUGGGUCGGGCAAGUCCCCCUGCCCAACGCCGCACUGCGAAGGCGAAAGCGUGCCUUCCAAGCCGACUCUCUACCGGAGACCCCCCACGUCGCCAAAACCUGCUGAUGGCGUUCCGACGCCCCCUCCGUCACCGUUACCUAAAGUGGCUCACGGUGCCGCUGUGGUGCACAGGGCAGCGGCUGAAGACUCGGCCAACCAGAAUCAGACGUCAGCGGUGGCCCAGUUGCAGCGGAGCGGCCAAAGCCAAAUGCAAGGGGAGGAGGAGCCGAAGGAGAAGAGGUCCUUUUUCCCGUCCAUCAACAUUCCCUGGAGGGAAAAGGCGGACAGGAAAACAGAGCUCAUCAAGAGAGACAAGCCGUCACUACAGAGCAGGCACUCGCUGGACAGCGCUAGGGUCCAGGAGAAGGAGGCGGGGCCCUUGUGGAUCACACUGGCGCUGCAAAAGCAGAAGGGCUUCAGAGAGCAGCAGCAGAACCGUGACGAGCGUCGCAGCCAACGGGAAGCCAAGUUGGCUGAAAAACAAGCCAGAGAGAGUGUUGUCCUGUCCAGCCCCACGGAGAGCAAAGGUAGCGGGAGCAGAAGUCCAGGUUCUAAAGCUCAGACGCCGGAGGAUCCCAAGAGACCAGACAGCCUCCUGGGACGAUUUGAGCGCAGAGAACAACUGAGAAAAGCAAACACUCUUCCCAGCUCGGUCACUGUUGAAAUCGCAGACUCCACACCAUCGCCACCUGCUGUCAAGGACGUGUCUAAGCGCUUCCCCUCCAUCGACUCCCCGCAGGUGUCCACAGAGCCCGCCUGGCUGGCACUGGCCAAACGAAAGGCCAAAGCCUGGAGCGACUGUCCCCAGAUCAUCAAGUAACACACACACACACACACACACCCCAGCUUGGCACUGGGCUCUGCAUGGAGACUACACUAACUGCACAACAAAAGAUCCCAUCACUCUCUGUGGAACAAGUCAUUCCCAACUUUGUAAAGCUACACUGGAUGCAUCCAAGUAUUGAAAUACACUAUAUAUACAGUAUAUAAAUAUAUGACAAAGAAAGGUUGCAAGCAUGCGGCUAACGUCCUAACACAGAAUGAAAACUAUCACAUGGCAGAUGCCCUGCAAGAGCCAAUUUUUUCAAUUAUUUUGUAGCCAACCGCGGCACUGGGAUUGUAAAUAAUUCACGAAACACAAUGUGAAAGUCCUCGGAUUAAAGAGGUGAAGCUUGCCAGUGUUACAAAAGGUGUGUCUCCAUAAGGGCUAGCAGCAACAUCACCCUGACGAGUCUGCUUCCUGAUCCAGACGGAAGCGCCGUUGUUAUGGUGGUGUUUUUUUUCGCAAAGGAGCCGUUGAAAAUGUUCACUGUGUCCGUGACGACUGUGACAAAGCGAGCUGCCAUGAUGAUAGAACCGGAUUUUGAUUUGGGGUUCUCGCUAAGCUUCCUGCUUUCUGUAAACGUAGAUAGUCCUUCUUUGUCGGCCAUCACUUUGUUGUAUAAAUGUGACACCCGCCUUUCUCUCCCAUCAUUCACUGGUGUAAUGAUCUGUAUGUAUGUAAGUAUGUAUUGUAUGUAAGACAAAAAGCUUGGUCACUUUGUCAUUCUGUUUCUAACUAUGCUCGUGCACAAUAGUGUGGUGUACGCAGUGUUACUUGUAACAACAAAAUGUUUGGUAUCAUUUGCACUUUUUUUUUGUCCCACUUAAAAAGAGAUUCAUGCAGACAAAUUCUUAAAGAGAUGAAAAAUGUUAUAAAUAAUGUAAUUAAAUCAUGUCUGAACUGGC